AUGACAUGUUGGGCAUUCAUGAUCAUGUCUUCGCUCAAUCCAAUUCGGAACUCCACCAUCACGAUCUUGCUUGUUACAACAAUUAUUGUUACAUUUCUACUCCACCAUCUGUUGUGUCCAGUUUCUUGUUUCAUUCCACCACAACAUGCAAUUCAUCCAUCGGACCCUUUAUAUGAGAAAAACAGAUUAGGCUCAGUGCCCCCUACUUGCCACAAUAAGUGCAACCAGUGCCAUCCAUGCAUGGCAGUGCAAGUUCCAUCCUUGGGCAGCCAUGACCGAGUCCACCCAGCAAGUCUUUCCCCAAGUGCUGCAAUGCAAGGUUUCUUUCUCCAGGGUAACAGCAUUGACUGGAGUUUGAAAUCUUGUUCAGAAUUUGUGAAAACCUGCAAUGUGAUUUUGUGA